GAUGUACACUCGUUUCAUCUGGUCCCUUAUUCUUACAUUUCUACAAUACUUAUCUUCCCCGCGCAUAGGUCCGCUCGGUCGAGGCCCAAUGAGACCGCAAUGGCACAAACUUGAUACCUGCUAUUCUCGAGCCUGGCUCAGUGGCUAGAGAGAGAGAGUAAAACGACCGCCACCAAGGGAUCAUAUUACGAAUCAAUAGUAUCUUUUGCACUCUCUACUACAAGUCCACAGCCUACCUACUGUCCGUUCGGCAUUGCCAUCAUAAAUGAUAAAGCUGACCUGACAGAUCCUCAUCAUGCACGCUGGCGCGGCUGAGGGCGCUUAAUCGAAACCACUACUGCACACUAUGCUUGUUAGUUAGAAGACGCGAGUCCCUAAUCUGGCAUGGUCCAACUGACAAUGCAGGAGAGAGGCACAGUUGCGGCGGUAAUGCUACCUACCCAACCACAUCUCAAGAUCCGAUGCUGAUUGGCCUGCUCGGUUCUUUUCUUGAUUGAUCAUGCCAAAAAAACAUCUUGCUAAAGGUCCACACCGGCCGCGUCGGGAUAGAAGAUAGCACAAGUUCCUUCAGGCUUUUUAUCCUUUCCUUCCCUUCUCCACCGAUCCUCCUUCCUUUCUCUCCGUAGAUUACAAGUUGGGGCUUCACCAGUCACUCGCCAUCAUGGAACAGGAUCCUAGAAGUUAUCCCGUAGCUAUUCUUCCAGGGGGCGAUGCUCCUGAGGUCCACCAACACCAAACCCAAGCAUAUUUCAAGUCAUACGAACAGCAGCAGCCAUACUACCAAAAUCAGUACCCGCAGUCCCACACCAUUCUCGGCGCUGAGGACCCCGUCGAGCCCAAGGAAAAGAGGAUAUGCGGUGUUCGACUGAGCAUUCUCUUCUUCGUCACCACGGGACUACUGUUCCUUGUCAUUGCGGCGCUAGCUUUGGUUGGAGGCUUACUGGGAAGCAAGAUCUCCUCGCUCGAGACAUCGUACCCAGCACUCGCCAGUAAUGUCGCCGCGAUAGCCGGAGGGAGCACAAGUGGCGGGAACGACCAGAUUGCACCCAUCGACGACAAUACCAGCACCGGUACCGAAACACCGCCGCCAUCGCAAACAAGCAGUGCGCCGGUAUCUUACUCGACCAAUGUCGUUGUUGAUGGCUACCGCUAUGUUGGCUGCUAUUACGACGAUACCCAGCGCCUGCUGAUUGACCAGCCGGCAAAGGGGAACAGCUCCAUGACGAACCUUAUGUGCUCUCGCAUCUGCGCGGGCUUCAAAUACUUCGGCACUGAGAUUGGCAUCGAUUGCUACUGUGGCAACAGAAUAGAGGAGCGCACUCCUAGUGCCAAAGCAAACGAGUGGGAUUGCAGCGUCAAGUGCCCAGGCAACAAUAGGGGGAGGAAAGAAGUGUGUGGCGGCGAUUGGUCGAUGAGUAUCUGGGAAAAGACAGACUAG